AUGCCGUUCGACACUGUCGACGAGCAGUACACAAGGCAGCGGAAGGUGUUAGUAUGUGAACGAUGUCGUCGACCGAUGCAGGGCGUCCAGCACCGACAAGCCUACCAGACUGGUGGCAGCAUCGCGGGUUCUCUGGGAGGAUCCGUAGGCGGCUCCAUGCUGGCGGGGGCGGUGCUGGGCCCGGUGGGCGCCCUGGCGGGCGCCAUUGGCGGCGCCAUCGCUGGGUCCCGCGCUGGGGCGGUCGCCUCGGAAGGAGUCUGCGAUGUCGUGGAUUCGACUGGUAGCCAGAUUUGCGAUGCCUGCAAGGAAGCUGCCUCUGUGCGGCCUGCGGGCUAUCAGAACUGGGGGGGUGGUCGGCUGGGCGCUGAUUCCAGCGAGCCGCAGGCAGCGCCGGCGGCAACGGCAACGGCAGAGCCCACGGUGACUGACCGGCUGAGUGACACAGCGACCUCAGCUGGGAAACAUCUAGGAGAGGCAGCUUCAGCAGUCGGAGACGGUUUGAGCAGCGUCGGCAGCUGGGUCAGGAAGUCGGUGUCAUCCGCCACCGGGAGUGAGGAGCCAAAGAAGGAGAAGGCAGAGGCCUUCAAGCCCUUCGCGGGCGCGGGCCAGCCCCUGGUGCCUGCGCCCUCGGCAGCGGACCGCGCCGCCGCCCGCGCCGCGGCGGCGGAGGCGGCCAUGCGGCGCUCGGGGCAGGCACCUGCUGGAUCUAGUGGAGCCAGAGGAAGCGCGCCUGGCCAGGCAGGUUCCAGCGCUGCCCGCCAGGCUGGUACAGCCGCUUAG